CCAGGCCACUCCCUCCCAGCCCCAGCCCAUGGAAAUAAUCGAAAAAAAGUCGCAGAAAUGGCGCUAAAUUAGAGUGAGCCAGCAGCCGCAGCAGAGCAGAGCAGACACAGCCAAACACACACACUCCUCUCCUCAUCUUCUCUCUCUCUCUCUCUCCGUGCAGCACUAGAUUCCACUUGCUCUCCUCCUCUUCUUCCUCCAGAGAUUUGCUCUGCUUGUUCGUCCGUGUCGUCGUGCGGCGGCGGAGGAGGGGGAUCAAGAACAGGAGAGGUGUCCAGUGGCGGAGGCAAAUCAAUCACGUCGCCUUACCUAGCUAGCUACCUAGCUGGUCUACGAGCUUGAGCUAGAUCCUGAGGCGGGGUAGUAUUCCGGCCAAGAAGGAGAAGGAUGGGGGAGAAGGUGAGUGAGGCGGCGGCGGGAGUGGAGGAUCAGGACGGCGGCGUCGCGGCGGCGGGGAUGGAUGGCAUUCAGUACUGCAGCGAGCAUCCCUACCGGCCUGGGGCGGCGGCGGCGGCGGUCGCCGGUGGAGGGAUAUGCGCCUUCUGCCUGCAGGAGAAGCUGGGGAGGCUGGUGUCGUCGUCCAAGUCCAGCCCCUUCUUCCCCCUCGGCGGCCACCCUCCGCCGUCCGCCUCGCCGUCGUCGCCGCCGUCCUUCCGCCGCGCCGCGGCGGUGGUGGCGGAGCCCCCGCCGCCGCUCCGCUCCUCCUCGGGCGCCUCCCGCAAGCUGAUCCCGUUCGGCAGGAGGAAGGCGUCGUCGUCGAGCUCCUCCUCGUCCUCCUCCGCGUCGGUGGCGCUGGCCGGCGGCGGGCUGAAGCGGAGCAAGUCGGUGGCGCCGCGGCCCGAGGAGCACUACUCGUCGUCGGCGUCGUCCGUGACGGCGGAGAGCCCGCGGAAGAAGAGCUUCUGGUCCUUCCUCUACCUCUCCUCGUCGCCUUACACGCACCAGGCCGUCACCUCCACGUCGUACGGCGCCAACGGUGGCGCCGCCGCCGCCGCGAGGAGGAAGUCGGUGUCCGUGGCGUCGGCGGCGUGGGCGUCGAGGGGUGGCUCCGCUGCCGGCGCGCAUGAGCAGCAGCAGCCACGGGCGGCGGCGACCUCUUCGGUGUCGGGGCGGAGGCUGGAGGCCAUCGGCGAGCCGGAGAGCCCGAGCCAGGUGUCGUCGUCGUCGUCCUUCGGGCGGAAGGUGGCGCGGUCGCGCUCCGUCGGGUGCGGCAGCCGCAGCUUCUCCGGCGACUUCCUGGAGCGCAUCUCCAACGGCUUCGGCGACUGCACGCUCCGGCGCGUCGAGUCCCAGCGCGAGCCCAAGCCCAACAAGAUGCGCGCGCUCGGCCACCUGGGCGGCGGCGGUGGCGGCGGCGCCGACGAUGACGACGACGACGACGACGUGUACCAGCACCAGCACCGGAUCAAGUGCGCGGGGUUCUUCGGCGGCAUGGGCCCCACUCCCUCCUACUGGCUCUCCGCGGCAGAGGGCGCUGCCACCGCCGGCGGCGUCGGCGGCGCGAGGAAGUUGGGCGGCCGGAGCCACCGGAGCUGGGCGUGGACGGCGCUGGCCAGCCCGAUGAGGGCGCUGAGGCCGACGAGCUCCACCACCACCACCACCACGAAGACCAUCACGGCCGUGCAUUCCAGCCACGUCGUCGCGCACAGCAACGGCAGCACGCCGGCGGCGGCAUUGUCCAUAUCAUCCCCUGUGCCAGCAUCGUCGACGGCGGCGACGGAUUGAAAGACGCGCGGCCGGUUAAUUACCCCCCCCCCCCCUCUCUCUUCCCGCCACUUUCUUGAGCCGUUUACAUUUCCCCAUUUUGCCGCCUUCUUUUUUCGUCUGUAAUUUCAAGAUGGAACAAAACUGCUCAUAAGUUGAAAUGUGCUGUGGAUUUCGGAUUGAUUUUGCUGUCAAA